GAUCAGACCCAAUAAUGACUGAAGAUCAGCGAACCCGUGCCCAAAAACUGCCAGCUUGGUCAGUACGACAAACAACAGUUUUUCCAGAGGAUUCUCGCUUCGUAAACGUUCUACUUUACCUCCAAAAUGUUCCCGUGGAGAAUGUUGGACCGAUAGCAAAUUCUCAACCUCUUAGUCAAUAUUUAUAUGGUAAUGUAACUAAUAUCGGAUUUGAUUAUGACGUUAAUCCUGGCGGUCCGUACACCGUUCGUCCAAUUGCGGGGAACCCCGGUGGGGGGCGGUUGCUAAGGGAAAUUGAUCAUUACAUUGACUACGUCAAUUUGAUCAGAGAUAAAUAUACGACGGCCUUUGGAGAAGACUUCCUAACAGAUAGACACCUCGGCGAUGCCACUGAUCUGGCCAUUCAUUGGUCUCAAGGUCUCCUCACAAACCGUUUCCGAGAACAUAUAAACAUUACGCGUAGGAAUUUCAACUUACAGGCAUCUGAUGCCUUGUAUUUAUAUCAAGACCAUGCCCUCCGCCAGUCAAACGACAGAGUUCACCAGAUCGCACUGGUGGACGAUACACUCUGGGUAGAAUUUCCGCAUGUAGAUACGAAUGAGGAGAUACUCAGGGAUACCCAGGACUUUGCGGCGGCACAAUUUGAAACUAUAUAUGGCCUGACGGUCUCUGAAGCUAAGGCAAUAAUCUAUUACACGGGUCACACCUUUGAACCUCCUGAUCCUCGAGCAGGUACACGAACGCCAAUAGGUAACGCUUUUAGUUGGGCCUAUGAGAUAAUUACAGAAUUCGUGCUGUGGAAGAUGUCUGUCGCCGGCAUAUGGCUGCGUCUGGGUCAGAGAAGAGGCCGCGAUUGGAUACGCCAAGGCUUCGGCGUACUCGAAGUCGCUUACCAUCAGUUUCUCGACGACGUUCUCGGACUCGCCUACCGGGUACACCAAGACGAAUCGAUACCACCUAACUUGCAACGAUUAAGACAGUCCGGGAAUCUUCUCCUUGCUUACGUUGACCUGUUACAAUGGAACCUGGUUCCAGCCGAGGGUUGGCGCGUUGCAACUGAUGUCAUGAAGCAAUUUUCGCAAAACAACUUUCCACAAUCGAUACCCAACUUAAUGAGCGCUGCUGCGCAGGUUGUGAUCCCCCCUGGAGCAGUAAUACUGCGCCCGUUUGAAAUUAUAUAUCCUAGGAAUCGUAUCGCGUUCAACAGCCGCAACUACACGCUUCGGGAGCCUCUUCCAACCAUAACAAUUCCCGUAAAUUAUAAUGGGGAAAGAAUCUUCCCCCAAGAGUGGGAUAUGGACGCUACAUUUAAUAUAAUGAGAUAUUCAAAAGAUCCAAAAGAUCCAAAAAAUCCAAAAAAUACACCAAAUCCAAAAAAUCCAAAAAAUCCAAAAAAUCCAAAAAAUCCAAAAAAUCCAAAAAAUCCAAAUGAUCCAAAUGAUCCAAAAAAUCCACCUCAAGCAGGUUCAGCCCGGACCAUACGACUUCAAGGGGGUUCGCUGUUUUCCGAGGAUGACUCUGACGAAGAGGAAAUAUCUCAAUUCUUUGGUGUCGACUCCGAAUCCGAGCUAGACGACCUAUACGAAAACAUAGUGGAAAACUCCCGCAAUGGCCGCAAACAUGUUUCUUUUGCGUCUGAAGAACUUCGCGGGGAUGCGUCACCACCGGCUAGGCUCGCAUCCGGUCACUCUUUGAAGCGAAAAGCUAGCCACAAUGCUUUGAUUCCCGAAGCGGCCAAGAAAUGGAAAAAUUGGGCAGGAUAGGAGGUUUCUCAAGAUCAGUAGGGGGUAUCGUCCAAUAUAGGAUGUGGUUGGCUGAAAAGGGGGUUGGUAUACACGUAGUUGUCUAUUAGGUAUUCGAUUUAUCGGAAUUUAAUUGUCAUAUUUCAACUUUCAGGCACGAAAAUAUGAGCAGCUUUUUUACCCCAUUACCCUACUUAGGUACAAUCUACCGUUAAAGAGCGGUCUAUGAGAUUUCCAUUUAGCGAUACUAAAUUUGAAAAGUGGAAAUACUAUAACCAGUCAGAUU